AUGAAUAAUUAGUCUUCAAAAUCUGUGAGAUUCAAUGAAGGCCACAAAAUUUUAUAGCCUGUAAAUACUAAUACUACUAGUAUAGGGUCAAGCAAUUUAUCUAAAGUGACAUCAGCUAUUCAGGAGUUGAGAACAUCUUUUAAUAAUUAAGCAUAAAAACUUACAUCCUCAAGAGUGUCAGAUUAAUUGAAUGAAUCAGUAGCCACAGUGGCAAGAAGUCCAGGACAUUCAUGUACUCCAAGUAUAUGCUAACCAUGUUAACCUAUGUACCAACCGAUGCAUUAAUCUGCCUGUUAACCAUAAUUUGGUUGUUAAUAAUAACAGAUGUGUGCCCCUUAGGCUUAUGUAGUUUAAGGAGGUAAUGAUCAAAGACACUUAGAAAAUAAAAUAAAGAAGUUGAAAAAAAAGAAUAAAAAAUUGAAAGAUAGUAAAGAAGAAAUAAUAGUUUCUACAAUUGCUGAGACUCCAAAAAGAUAAAGACCAUUAUAACAUGGUUAAGAUCCAGAAAUAGAUACAAUAAAAAGAGAAAUUUAAGAAAUGGAAAGAAUCAUAAGAUAGAUGGAAUAAUAGCCAAAAUAAUAAAAUAACUCAGAGAUAGAAGUAUAUUUAGAGGACAAUAAAAAGUGUUUGAAGAAAAUGUGUAAAAAGAUUAAAUCUCUUGAAAAGGAACUUUAUGAAGUAGGUCGAUAAAGAGAUGAAGCUUUAAUUAUUAAACAACAAUUGGAAAGAGAAAAUCAAGAAAUGUUUGAUAGAAUAGGGGAAUUAGAAUCUUUGCUCAAGGUUGCUGAUAAAAAGUAAUUUUUAAUAUUAAUUUUAGAGUAUUUGACUUAACAGUAUAAUUAGAAAGAUAAAAUGGUUAUGUUAAAUAAUUAGAAGAUGAAGUAGAGAGGUUGAGAAAGAAGAAGAAGAAGAAACAAAUUGAAAUUUAAGAAAGAAUUGUGGAAAAAAUAGUUGAGAAACCAGUAGAAGUAAUAAAAACAGUAUAUGUUAAUCAACCUCAUCAAGUAUAAGAGAUGAAACAAACUGAAAUCAUUAAAGAAGUUAUUAAAGAAGUACCAUCAGAACCUAAAAUUGUUGAAAAGAUAGUUGAAAUACCAAAAAUUGAAUAUGUUUAUCAACAAGUUCCUCAAUAUAUUGAAAUUCCAAAAGUUCAAACUGUUGAGGUCCCUGUAGUUUAAAGAAUUGAAGUUCCUUAUGAAGUUCCUUAUUACAGAGAUGUUCCUUAUGAAGUGAUCAGAGAAGUUCCUUAUGAAGUUAUUAGAGAAGUGAUUAAAGAAGUGCCAUAUGAAGUGAUUAAAGAAGUCAUCAAAGAAGUGCCCUAUGAAGUCAUAAAGGAAGUUCCUGUUUAUAUUGAAGUGCCUGUAGAUAGAAUAGUAGAGAAGAGAGUUGAAGUGCCUGUUGAUAGAAUAGUUGAAGUUCCUGUUGACAGGGUCGUUGAAGUGCCUGUCCCUUAUGAAGUUCCUUAUCCUUAUGAAAGAGUGGUAGAAGUACCUUAUGAACGAAUUGUGGAAGUUCCUAGAGAUAGAUAUAUGGAUAGAUAUGUGGAUAGAUAUAUUGAUAGACCAGUAGAUAGGUAUGUAGAAGUGCCUGUAGAAAAGAGAGUGGAAGUACCAUAUGAAAGAAUUGUUGAGGUUCCAUACGAAAGAAUUGUGGAGGUUCCAUAUGAAAAAAUUGUUGAAGUACAAGUUGAGAAGAUAGUUGAAGUGCCUGUUGAAAAAAUAGUAGAAGUUCCUGUAGAUAGAUUUGUUGAUAGAUAUGUGAGAGAUGAUGCUGAAAUAGAAAUGCUGAAUAUUGAAAAUAAAGAAUUGUAAAGAAUAAUUGGUAUUUGGGAAGAUAGAGCAAAUAAAUUAGAGAAUGAAAUUAUUAAAGAAAGAAGAAUUUCUGAUAAACUACAACUUGAUAUUGAUGAAUUAGAAUAUAUGGUAGAAGAUGGUAGAUCUUUCAAUUAUAAUUAAUAAGAACAAUUUCGAAAAUACUUAAAGGAAUUAAAAUAAAAAUAUGAAAGCAAAAUUAUAGAAGCUAGAAAAGGAGUGGUCAUUAGACAUCAAGUUAUUCCUUCAGAAGUGUAAUAAACAAUUAUCUAAUAGCCUAUAUCAACUGGUAUUUCUUAAAAUUUACCUCAAUUUGGUCGUUAAAUGCCUUAAUAAUGA